GUAGAUAAACGAAAUAUAUUAAUGGCUGCAGGGGGAUUUGCCAUUGAUGCUUCGGCUAACGGAUUCGACGGUAGGAUCACAUUCUCCGUUGUCAUCACUUGUAUUGUUGCUGCAUCCGGUGGACUCAUUUUUGGAUAUGACAUUGGGAUUUCGGGAGGUGUAACAACUAUGAGGCCGUUUCUUGAAAAAUUCUUUCCAGCAAUACUUAGAAAAGCUGCUAGUGCGGAAACAAACGUAUACUGCGUGUAUGAUAGUCAAGUAUUGACAUUGUUCACGUCCUCCCUCUACCUGGCGGGGCUGCUGUCGUCUCUUCUAGCUAGCCGAGUCACCACGGCAUUGGGCCGGAGAAACACCAUGAUCUUGGGUGGUUGUAUCUUCUUCGCCGGUGGGGUCAUUAAUGGUAGCGCUGAAAAUAUCGUCAUGCUCAUAUUGGGUCGCAUCUUGUUAGGCUUUGGAGUUGGUUUUACUAAUCAAGCCACUCCAGUGUACCUGUCUGAAAUUGCACCACCUACAUGGCGAGGUGCCUUCAACACAGGCUUCCAAUUCUUCAUCGGAGUCGGCGUGGUGGCCGCGAACCUUAUAAACUACUUCACAGCAAACCACUCGUGGGGCUGGCGACUCUCCCUCGGCCUCGCCGCCGUCCCAGCCGCCUUCAUGACUAUCGGAGCAUUCCUCAUCCCCGACACCCCGAGCAGCUUAGUAGAGCGUGGCAAAAUAGACCACGCACGACAAGCGUUACAGAAAGUAAGAGGCCACACAACAAAUGUGGGACCCGAACUAGAAGAACUGAUUCGGUUUUCGAAAACCGACAUGAUGGAUCAAGAGAGAUUCGUAACCAUAUUUGAGAGGCAGUAUCGGCCUCAGUUGGUUAUGGCUUUUGCUGUGCCAUUGUCUCAGCAACUUACUGGGAUCAAUAUCGUUGCAUUCUAUGCGCCUAAUUUGUUUCAGUCUGUGGGAUUUGGUAACCGCUCCGCUUUGCUUUCAGCUGUUAUAUUGGGACUCGUCAACCUUGGUUCCAUACUGGUGUCUGCUUCCAUUGUUGAUCGAUUUGGUCGCAGAUUCUUGUUCAUUGCUGGUGGUAUUCAAAUGCUUCUCUGCAUGACUGCAGUGGCUGUGGUGUUAGCACUAGUGAGUGGCGUUGAAGGCACAGAAAGCAUUUCGAAGGGGAACACUAUACUCAUAUUGGUGCUGCUCUGCUUCUACGCCGCAGGAUUCGGUUGGUCAUGGGGCCCCCUCUGCUGGCUGAUUCCUAGUGAGAUCUUCCCCUUAAAGAUCAGGUCUCCUGGCCAAAGCAUUGCCGUUGCAGUUCAGUUAUUAACGGUCUUUGUUUUGUCCCAAACGUUCUUGAGAAUGCUAUGUCACUUUAAGUUUGGGACGUUCCUGUUCUAUGCGGCUUGGAUUGCACUGAUUACUAUCUUCAUUAUUCUGUUCAUGCCUGAGACCAAGGGGAUUCCGUUGGAUUCCAUGUAUAUCAUAUGGGGAAAACAUUGGUAUUGGCGUCGGUUCGUUGUUGAACCACAAGUUAAUCAAUAAAAUCUUCCAUGA